GACGCUCGCGCUCGUGUGUGAGCGGCGGGACACUUGCUGUGAACACAGAGAGGGAAACCCACGGAGGACGAACCGAACCUUCUCUGACCCACGACAGUCCAGUCCAGUCCAGCAUGGCCUCCAAGUGUCCGAAGUGCGACAAGACGGUUUAUUUCGCUGAAAAGGUGUCUUCUCUGGGAAAGGACUGGCACAAACUGUGUCUGAAAUGUGACCGCUGCAACAAGCUGCUGAACGCUGGAGGCCACGCUGAGCAUGAUGGACGGCCCUACUGCCACAAACCAUGCUAUGCUGCCCUCUUCGGACCAAAAGGGGUCAACAUCGGCGGGGCCGGUUCGUAUGUGUAUGAAGCUCCAGCCAGCAACAACUCAGCGCCGGCUGGUGGAGAUUCGGCCUCCAAAGCUGAAGAGAAGCGUGUGUUCGCAGCCAAAGCAUCUUCAAAAGCAGCUGGCGGCGUCACCACGUUCUCUGGCGAGGCCAACCUGUGUCCCCGAUGCAACAAGAAGGUGUAUUUUGCUGAGAAGGUGACGUCUCUGGGGAAGGACUGGCAUCGACCCUGUCUGCGCUGCGAAAGGUGCGGCAAGACUCUGACUGCUGGCAGCCAUGCAGAGCAUGACGGCCAGCCGUACUGCCACAAGCCGUGCUACGCCGUUCUCUUCGGGCCUAAAGGAGUCAACACUGGUGGUGUGGGCAGCUACAUCUAUGACAAGGAGCCCAGUGCAGUGACCCAGCCUUGAACCUCUGUCCCCUCAGCUUCACCCCACGUCUCUGCACAAAACUACUCUGUAGUGGCACACACACACACACACACACACACACCUGAAACAACCGUCCAUCUGCUCAGCAUCCUCUCCCGUCUUCUCCUUCCCCCUGCCUGGCUAAAGCAGGACUAGAACAAAGGACGGUAGCUCAGUGGUCGGCAGCCUUUACAUCCUUAAGAGCCAUAAAACUAAAUUUGUCUAAAGCCACGAAACUGAAUAUUUAAAUCAAGAUAGAAAUUGUGCAGCUCGUUUGGUCUUCUGUAACUACUACACAACCCCAGACCCAAAGAGGACGCUGUGUAAAAGAUACAUUAAAAAGUGAGUGCAGCCAUCUUCAAAUCUCACACACACACACAUUUAAUUUACAGUAGGACUGUUUUUUUAUUGUGUUUGAAUUAAGAAGUUGUGUCAAUUUGAGGAAAAGCAUUUUAUGAAUUUAAUGGCAGCAACACAUCUAAAAGAAAUGAGGAACAAAAGGCCGUCAAAAUAAAUCGUACCAUUGAGCAACAGACGUCGGAGCGUUGGCGACUGGCAGCAGGUCAGGUAGAGGGCUGGGAGCACAAGAACGUUCUACACAGGCUGAAUCUGAGGUAAAGAUGGGCAGAGGCUCACCACCAUGAAACACUUGAUGGAGGGCUGGGAGC